AUGGCGAACCCACAGGAUGUCUCAGAUGCCCAGGGCCAAGAGGCUAUAACAGAGAAAUCUCGUACAGUCCGAAGCUUAGUAGAAGCAGAAUUGUUGGAUGAUCGAUAUGCGACCACUCAGCGAGGGCUGAAGAACCGUCAUGUUCAACUCAUGGCGCUAGGAGGAACAAUUGGAACGGGAUUAUUCGUAUCUUCUGGCCAAUCUCUUGCAAUUGGGGGGCCUGCCUCUUUGCUUCUGGGCUAUAUGUUUAUAUCAGCAAUGGUAUACAGUCUGGUCACAGCAAUUGCAGAGGUUGGAGCUUAUUUACCCGUACAUGGAGGUACUAUGAGUUAUCAUGGUUUUCGAUACGUUUCACGAAGCCUGGGAUUUGCCAUGGGCUACCUGUAUUGGUAUUCCCUGGGCAUCUUGGUGCCAUAUGAAAUUACAGCCGCAUCGCUGGUCAUCGGAUACUGGGAUCCAAAUGGAACUGUAAAUGUUGCUGUUUGGAUCUCCAUAAUGAUGGUAGUGAUUAUUGCUUUGAACUUCCUGCCUGUGCGGUUCUAUGGAGAAUCUGAAUUUUGGUUCUCUGGGAUUAAGAUUAUCACUUUAAUCGGUCUUCUUAUGGUGUCCUUCAUUUUAUUCUGGGGUGGUGGACCCAACCGCCAACUACUUGGAUUCCAUUACUGGAAGCACCCUGGAUCCUUCAAUCAAUAUCUCGUAAAUGGAGACACCGGCCGCUUUGUGGGACUCUUGAAGUGCACAGUAUCAAGUGCAAUUGCUUUCAUCUUCGCACCUGAGCUGAUCAUUAUUAGCGGUGGAGAAAUGGAAUCCCCGCGUCGCAAUGUGCCUCGCGCGGCUCGAGCGUACAUCUACCGAUUAGUAUUCUUUUACAUCUUUGGCGUCCUUGCCAUUGGUGUUAUAUGCCCGUCAAAUGCUGCACGACUUACUCAGAGUAAUGGCACUGUUAACUCGUCGCCGUUUGUUGUCGGGAUUCAAAAUGCUGGCAUUCCAGUUCUCGAUCAUAUCGUCAAUGCGGCUGUAUUAACAUCCGCCUGGUCUGCUGGAAAUUCAUUCCUCUACAUGUCAUCUCGGUCUCUCUACUCACUAGCGGUCUCUGGCAACGCACCCAGCCUUUUCAAGUCUUGUAACCGAUGGGGUGUUCCGUAUUAUGCAGUUGGAGCUUCGGCUUGCUUUUCAGCAUUGGCCUAUUUGUCCGUUGGCAGCUCCAGCUCCAUAGUGUUCAACUGGUUCGUCAACUUCACUAAUACCUCUGGUUUUCUCUCGUGGAUCUGUUGCUGCAUUGUCUAUUUUCGAUUCCGAAAGGCCGUGAAAGCACAAGGUAUCGAACAGCCCUACCGAUCGCGAUUACAGCCGUAUGGAGCUUAUUUCGGAAUGGCGGGUGCAUCGCUCAUGGCCUUGAUUAACGGUUUCACUGUCUUCUUUCCAUCGCAAUGGUCAGUGAGCAACUUCUUUACGGCCUACAUUGGGAUCCCUGCAUUCUUGAUUCUCUAUUUUGGGCAUAGAGUGCUGUUCUGGAGCGAUCCUUGGGCUUGGCGUCCUGAAGAAGUGGAUAUGCAAACAGGACUACAAGAAAUCAUCGAUGCUGAACUACCUCCUCGAUCAUCAGGACCAUGGUGGAAAUUCUGGUAG